AUGCGGCCGGCCGCGGCGUUUGGCAAACCGUUCACUUAUCUGGCGGCCUCGCCCGCCGCCGCCGACCACCGUCCGCAGCAGCAACAGCAACUGCAAACGCCAGUGCCGGCGUCCGUCUUGCACACGUUUGUGGCCGGCACCGGUGGUGGUAGCAGUGGCGCCCCGACGCCACCGGUCAGAACGUCCACCGCGGCUGCAAUGCAGGGGACGACGGCGACCGCCAAACAGAAACCGCCUCCAGUGCCACCCAGGGGCGAACAGACUAGACUGACCACUGUUCCGGCCAAGAGAUCUGCAGCAGCUGAACCGGUCUGCAAGAAACCGGAACCGGCGGCGGUCACCGCACCGUCACCGCCUCCUCCGCCACCGCCCCCGUCCCCGCCACACACCGUUGUUCCGGAUGUGGACACUAAUCUCCUGCCACCUCCCCCGCCACACAUACUACCUUCGCCGGGGACCGCGGAACCGGACGAAGACCUGUCCGCUUCGGCGUUGAUCAGCAAGUUUGAAAGUGGUUGCUCCGUCAAACCGUCGGUGGUCAUCACCCCCACUACCGUUGACCAGAGGCUUCCCGUGGAAGUGGACUCGGGCACUUCCACGUUGGCCGAGAGCACGGACGACGACGACAACGACGAUGACGACGACGACGAGGAUGACGGCGCGGCCGACAUAUGGGUGCGGACCAUCGAGUCACCAGUCAAGAACGUACACCCGCAGAAGGUCCGACAUCAUUCGGACAGCGCUAUAAAGGCAGUAUCGGUCGCUUCCUCGCCACCAGCUGAGAAGCGCGGAAGCCUGCCGGCAGAUGUGGUAGUGCAGGACAAGAAGAGCUCGCCGCCUCCGGCCAAAGACUCAGCCAGGUCGUCGUUCAGGUCUUCGGCUGGCAGCCGGUGCUCAUCACCCGCACUGAUGGCCGUCAGCAGUCAGCAGAACAAGCAGUGCUCGUCGGAUGGCAGGAAGAUCAGCGCGGCUGAGGCGCUCGGCGUGGUGGCCAAACCGUGUCCACGCAUACUGCCGUCGUCGGCGGCGGCCACGCUUGACGCGGCGUGCCGGCGCCAAUCGCUGGGCAACCUCACCGAGUCACGGUUCGGGACUAUGCUCUCCUCGUCCGUGCGGUCAUCGUGGGCCCCGCCGUCGGGUGUCCAGACAGACGUUGAAUCGACCCAGAGCGAACCGUCGUUUGACUACCGACGCAAAAAGUUUACUAAACGGUGUUCGAGUGCAGACGGCCGGAAUCCCGUGCACCAUCAUCAUCACCAUCAUCACUACCACACCAUGCAGUCAGGCGGCCGGGCUGCGGCCGCUCGAGAUCCAGACUUUGGUGCAAAGCGGGCGUUCAUCCAAGAGAAGCUGCAGGCGGCCGGCACCAAGCAGUUGCAGAACGCCGGCAUCGUACCGUCCGGGCUGCCGCCCACGCCACCGCCACCGGUCUCGGCGUACCACAUGCAACUGCACAACGGCGGAUUGGGAGGCGUCGACUGCGGCCGGCCACCCCGGUCGUCGUCGUGCAACUGCGGCCAGCACCAGGCCACGUCCAGGCCGAUGUUCAUCAACAAGCGGACCGCGUCCGCCGAGGAGCUCCUACCUCCGCCGGCCUCCGUCACCGUGGCCGAAGCGGACCAGUUCACGGCCGCGGGCCGCCCUGUGUCCGCGUCGUCGUCGUCAUCGUCCGGCGGCCGCGGUUCGUUCGGCCGGCCACAACGCGUCACGUUUGCGCUCGACCAGCACCAGAUGUUUGCGGCGAGUCGGACAGCCGGCGGCACCGAUCUGACGUCGUCGUCGUCCUCGUCCUCGUCGUCGGCCGUCAAAAAACCGUUCAAGAGCAAUUUAAAAGUCAAAGACGUCGGAGCGGCCGCCGCGCCCGAACUGAACUCCAUGCUCGUCACCGGCGCCAUCAACACCAGACUGCCACCUCAACACCCUCACCCGUACGGAUUGCCGUACAAGUUGCCGGUCGUCACCGCCGACGUUUUGCAGGGCAAAGGAAAUUCGGCUAUAAUGAAAUCCUUGCACAAGCCAAAGGUAAGCCAUGAUUAUUAUGUUAAGUCAUAA